GGCACCAACGCUACGCGAAGCUGGAAACUGGGAUCUAGAAAAGAUUUCGGUGGUCAGAAGCCGGUACUAGCAGCCGUCUUAAUUAAGACAGACGUCUGCUGUCUGUUUAAGCUACAAGCUACCUUGUGGUUGAGGUUCGAUUUCUUAACUUCUCCUUUGGUCGUCAUCUUAAUCCCCGCCGGCUACCGGAAGCUGUAGAUAACAGCCGAGGUUGCAAAGUGCGUCACAGGGCUGAGCUGCGGAGAAUAAACCGAGCCUGCAGUCCGCCACCGACCCUCUCUCUCUCUCUCCCUCGCUCUCUCUCUCGUUUUCUGCCUGCAAAAUAAACACCGAGCAGACGUCUCCUCUCCAUCAUGGUGAAGAUCGCUUUUAACUCGGCUCUGGCACAGAAGGCGCUGGGCAAAGAGGUGCCAGCUGCUGUGAAGGAUCCUGAGCUGGCCUCUGCUCCAGCGGGCUCCGAGGGCUCCACAGGUCGCUGUCUGCUCACCCUGCUCGGGAUCGCCUUCAUCCUCAGUGGGCUCAUCGUGGGGGGAGCAUGCCUCUAUCGGUAUUUCACCCCAAAGAGGCUGUAUCACGGCGCGAUGCAGUUCAGCGACGUCUCCGCCGGAGGGGAGAGCCAGCCCUACUACCUGCCUCGGGUGGAGGAGGAGGUGGAGAUCUCGGACAACAUGGCCGUCAUCAGCGUCCCCCCUCCCCGCUUCAGGCCCGGAGACCCCGCUUACAUCCUCCACGACUUCAACAGGAAACUAACGGCGUAUCUGGACCUGACCCUGAGGACCUGCUUUGUGAUUCCUCUGAACACCUCGGUGGUGCUGCCCCCGCAGGACCUCGUUGACCUCUUCUCACAGCUGAUGUCCGGCUCGUACCGCAGCUACCUGGUGCACGAGGACCUGGUGGUGACGGAGCGCAUAGACGAUGUCAAGCCUCUGGGCUUUUAUAUCCGCCGGCUGUGUGAUGGCAAAGACACAUACAGAAUGCAGCGCCGCGCCAGCCUGCCAGGUGGAGGCAUCCAGAAGCGCUCCGUGGACGAAUGUUUCACCAUCCACCACUUUGAGAACAAGUUUGUGACUGAGACCCAGAUCUGCAAGACCUAAUGGAAGGAGAGUGUUAGAGAGGCGCAGAGAGAGUUGGUGGGAGUGAGCGAAGGAGGGAACAACUUUCAGCGGAAAGUUACUUUUGUAUAAAACUACAGUUUCCCCCCCCCCCCCCUCUUGCUGCUUUAAAUCUAGUGUUGAGUGAGUUUUAGUUACAGCGUUUAACGUCUAACCCCACCCUCCUCCUCGUUUGCUGUAUUCCCCUGAACAGGUGUAGCUCUCUUGCUCAAGUAUUCACUAGGCUAGGCUCGUACGGAUAACCCGCUAACUUAAGAUCUACUAAGUUUCCUUUUGUUUCGUCGGUUAGUGUUUUGUUGCUGUUGCUUCCUGCAGUCUAAUCUUAUUGAUGUUACUGUGUCACCGCAUCCAGUCACGUCUAAACGACAGUUGUUAGUCAUUCUACUGAAUAUUCUAGUGAUACUGAGAAGUCAUCCAUAUCAGACUUGUCUUGUGUCAGCCUGAAGUCACCACUCUUUACAGGGUUUGUAGAGCAGCUUAAAUGGGAUAUACUAUAUGUUAUAGUGAUAUAUAGCACAAGUCAGCAUGGAAAUGUCUGCUACAGGUACAGUGCACAUGUAACAUGCUUGUCGUUGACUGUUGAGGGCGCUAACAGAUUUCUACAAGCCGUCUCAGACACCACUUUUUGUAGAUAUUUUCCCCCGGGAGAGCGGCCUCCGUUUCUGUCCCGCUGUGUGAUGAUUUCGUGUAACUGGUGGUAAACAGUCCAGCAACCCUAUAUGACCAGUUUAUGUGUUUGUGUGGAAACCUCGUUUGUGACUCUGAACUUGAAGGAGGGAAAUAAGCUAAAGGGAAUUUUUUCACCAAAUUUGACUUGAAAGCACUUGAUUGUCAGGAGUUUAUGAAUUUUCGUCUGACAACAUGAGUUUAGCUUUAGAUAGACAGCUGGGUUAACGUUACUGUGAGUUUAGAAGAAAACUAUGUACCUUGAUUUGUCACUUUGAUUUGUUCACUCAAAACAGCUGUCCUUGAUUUUUAAGUCCCUUCUGAUAAAAGUUUAAAAUUUGUACAAAAAAAAAUUGGCCUUGUGCCCCAAAUUUUUUUUCAUUUUCAGUGGUUUCCCACUUGAUGCCUGUACAGAAAGACAAUCAACAGGAAGUACGCUUGUAAAAAAAAAAAAAAAAGAAAGAAAAAAGAAAAAAAAGAGUUUCUGUCUCAGCUUUUUAACCGAAUACUUGCAGAUUAGAAAGAAAAACAUUGUUAUGUGCAACUACUGAACCGAACUUCACUUUGUCGUUGAAUAAAGUUGCAUUUCUUUACCUACUGAA